AUGGUGGAGGACAGCUUCGAGGUGGAAGAAUGGGAUGCCGACUUCCUGGACCAGCUCGUCCAAGCCGAGGAACUUGCUUUGUCCACCCAGCGCCCUCGCCACGCACCGUCGCGGCUGCCGCCGCCGCCGCCGCAGUCGCUUUUGUCGCCGACAUUUCUGCCGCACCCGUCUGCUCCGCGAGUACCGCCCUGUGACGUCAGUUACUCUCCUCCUCGCGAGCUCUCGCAGCGAACCCGUGAAAUCCCCCAAGUGGAAGACGUUCCUGAUUCCACUGGUUCUUUUGGUGCAGUUGCUAACCACGUUGCUAAGGAGCAAGAAAAUGAUAGGCUAAAGCAGGAAAUUUUGGAACUUAGAAAAGAAAAGGACAAAAAGGAGGAGGAGCUCAAUGUUUUACAAUCAAAGGUCGAGGCCAAAGAUGCGGAAUUUCAAACCACGAAGAAUGCUGAAAUUCGUACAGCUCCUGGGAUAUCUACGGAGUGUCAAAAUGCAAAGCCGUCAAAUGAUAAGCUUAGCUCUUCAAGUAUACAUAGCUCAGAAAAGUUAUUUAACCUGUGGAACUCAGAUGAUCAGAAACAGGGAAAAGCUCUAGUUGCAAAGCUUUUUAUGACUUGUGAAGAAGAUUUUCAUGUGCUAUUUGGGUACCUGAACUCUCCACAGAAAGACUAUAGUAGGGGUACGCAGGGCACGGAAACUGCAAAAGUAUCACACUUUUAUUCAGUGUUGACCAAGAUAAGUAAUGAUACAUCAAGAUUGGGGGAGCUGUUAAGAGCAUUGACUGAUCUUUGUAAUCUAAAGAAUGUUGCUAUUGUUCGAGGCUCUAUUCGUAUUCUGCACCAUCUUUUGAGUAAUUCUUUUAGCUUGGAAAAGGAAGAUUGUAAAAGGGAAAAUGUUAUUUUUGAAGAAAAAUCGCACAUAAUAUCUGAUACAAAUGGAAAUGAAGACCCUGAAAGGGAAAGGUUGUGUUCUGCAAAUGUAGCCGAGAUGUUAAAGCAGGGUCGAGUUCUCUCUGGACUGGAGUUAUCCAAUAUUAAAAACCCGGGCUGCAUUGGAUUCUUUGAUCAUAGAUUUGGGACAUCUAUAUCUGGAGCCUUUUGGGUUUCCCUCUUUGAGACUAUCUGCGUUAUUGCCACUGAAAACAAUGAAAAGCAAAUAAGGUGUGAAGCACUUUCAAUCAUGAAUCUGAUCCUCGUGAGGCAGAAUGCGUAUUUGGAGAGAGACAGGUUUGCUGGGGAGCCUGUUUUUCGUAGUUUAUCAAACUUAUUGAGGAAAGAAGCUGGAUAUUCCGUGCAAGACCAAGCUGUUCAUACUCUUUAUCUGCUGUGUAAUUCUCCAAAAGUCGUACCUUUGCUUUGUUCCAAUUAUGAAGGAGAUGGAGCACUUGCAAUGUCCAAUGAUAUUACCAACAGAAAUGGUUCAACUUUUAAUGGAUUGAAUGAGAUCUUAAAUGGCUUGGCCGAUUGUUUAGCUUGUUAUAGAAGUGCUUCUGCCGAGGAGAUGAAGCUUCGAAGAAAUGCUAUAUCUCUCCUAGCUUUCGUAGGAUCAGCAGGAAAAUCGGGCCUUGAGAUUUUGCUGAAUCAUAGGCUUCCAAAGGGCACCAACUUCCUUGUAAUUAUUUUGCAAAGCUUAGCAUCAGAUUUGGACCCUGAGGCAUUAAACUCUGCUAAACAAUCUGGCAUUGUCAAAGAACAAUGCUUGCUUAUUCGAGAGGCACUAAUCUUUUUGAACAGACUUGUGUCCCAUCCUGAUUACUCAGUACCUGUUUUGCAAGCAUUGACAGACACGAGGGAGCUCGCGAGCACUACAGUGGACAUUGCCAACAUUUUGACUCAUAAUAGCAAUAUGUUAUGGAAGGACAUUAACUCGAAAAAGCAUGUAAGGGAAUCCGAAAUCACGGACUUGGCCCGGGUGUUCAAAAAGAGAGUGUUUACGUUUCUUGGAGACAGCAUAUCAUGA